CAAGGCAUCUUCCACUCCGUCAACCUCAUCGACACCGUGUACCAGGAGGAAAAAUUAACCUUCUUCAGCAGUCUGAAAAAAAUGAGGAUAAUAAAUGAGAAGCUGAUGAAUGAAAUCUCGAGUCAACCAAAUGACACAGAUAUGGUCCUGAACAAUGAUGCAGAGAUAAUUGCCCUGGAAUUUGGAGAAAUUUUCAAGACUCUGGAAAUGAAGAAACGGCAAUUGCUAGAUGAUGUUGAAAACCAAAGAAGUAAAAAAGAGAAAGAAUUUCAGAUUUGGAAGAAAAUGAAGGAAGCUCACAAGAAGACCAUUGAGGAUUUCUUGAAGGAUUGUGAAAAGCUUGUCCAUGAGUGUGAUCCUCAGCGUUUCCUGGAGGUUGCCUGUGUCUUGAAUACAAGAAUGAAAACUCAGCUUGACCUGAUGAAUAUAGCAUCCAGCUAUAAAAAACCGCCAGAAUAUACUCAAAAGAAGAUGGAUAUCAAGCCUGUAGUUAAUGAAAUCUUGGCUUUGAAGUUAAUGCCCGUUAAUGUAGACAUUGUUAAAGAUCUACCUUCUGGAGGAAAUGAGAACUCAACAAAAAAUACUCUAUUUAAAAGUAACAUAAAGCAACGGCAGGACAAGACAAAUAUACCCAACGCGUUUCUUCCUGUAGCAGGACAAGAGGAAGCACAAGCAGACGGUAGCAGGAUCUGUACUCGCUUAAUGUCAGUAUCAGAAAUGUCAGUGUUUCAAAACAUGAGUCACGAGGAGUUACGUUACAAAUACUAUGUGGAACAUCAGAAGCUCACCAGUGAGUUCAAGACACAAACUUUACCUACAAAUGAAAAGUGUGGAUUUGUAACUGCGGAGGCUUUGAAGGAUAGGUCUUCAGGAAUUCCUUUUGUGUCUUUACCUGCCAAAGCAAAUAACAGUGAUAAAGUAAAAAUGGGAACCCUGCAAAGGACAGAUGGCUUUGAGAGAAGCUUUUCUGGAACCAGUAAUCAUAGCAUCCCAUCCACAAGUACCGACGUUUCUGAAACAAAUGCUGACUUAAAAUUAUUUCAUGAGAGAAAUUCCCAGAAAGUAACCACUCCAGCCUUAUCAGAAAACUUUAAAGACUCAGUAACUAAGGAACAAUUGCCAAUGCAGGAAUCAACAGUGAUUUCCAAUGAAAUGAACACAAAUUCUAGCACUUUGUGCAGCUCAAAACUGGCAGCGUCAGCAGCCGUUACCGUUUCAGAUUCAGAACUUGUAGAUGUUUCUGCAGAGAGACUUUCUGCUUCAGCUUUUACUUUCAGUGCAUGUAACAACUCAUUGCCCAGAUUUAUGAAAGAUACAGGAACAUUUUCAUCUAAAAAGAAAGGCAGGAAAUACAUUUUCCCUCGGUUUUAUCUAGGAAAAUGUGGUCAUGUGGAUACAGUUGAUAACCAGGAUGAAAGCAAACUUAGAAAUUGUGGUCCUCUAACCAAAACUACAAUUUCCGAUGCCUCAACCAGUCCUAAUUUAGCAGACAGUGAGAAGCCAGCUUUUUUGUUUCCUUUUGGCAAUUCAGAAAGAAAUUGUUUUUCAGGAUCGGGAGUCAGCAAUUCAUUUGUUUUACCGUUUUCCUCAUUUUUUAGCCAAUCUAAGAAGCCAUGUGACAAAAAUACAUCACCUCACGUGAGAGAGAGAACUCUUUCUGCAAGGGAAACUGCAGAAUGUGGUCUACAGAAGCAAUCUGUCUUGUGGAAACAAAAAGCUAAUGCCUCAGAAUCCCUCACAACUGUAGCUCACAGCACUUCAGAAACUAAUGCUGCAGCUGGGAUGUAUUAUGUCUCCAAGUCCCCCCUUCGCCCCAGUAAUUGUAUAUUUUCCUUCAAAAAUAAUUGUUUUUCGUUUCCUUCGUCAGAAUUUUUAUUUGGAAGCACAGUCAGAAAUACCUCUGAUUCAUUGACUUCCUCCAUGUUUCUGUCUGGAAAUGGUACUGAAAAAAUGGAAAAAGAGAAGAUGCAAUCUCCUGACAAAACACUUUUAAAUCUAGGGCAGCCUGUGUCUUCAGAGUGUGCAGAGCCUGCUUCUAGACAUAGUCCUCCAAAAUGUGAAGGUUUGGUCUUUCCUAUGAACUCAUCUAAGAGAACGGAAAGUGCAGAAAUGGUUGCCGAGAGUAAUUCUUGUAGUCAGCCUUUGUGCUCAGUUGUCCUUCCUGCUAAAUAUGAGAGGGCAUCUUCCGCUCGACUUGUUACAGCAACAAAACAGGAAACAAAGGUAAAGGAGGAAGAAAGUGAAACUGUUGCUGAAAACAACUCUUUCUGUCUUAGGAGGGAAGAUGAACCCGAAUCUGUACAGUUUCGGAAUGCAGCUUGUUUUGUUCCUGGCAUGUGCAAUGAUCCAUCUUUGGGAGGUUCUGUGCUUACGGUACCUGAGGCAGGUGGAAUGCGAACCGACAGCGAUUCUGACACUGAAGAGUUAAGUCAAACAUCUGCCUCCACCGAUGCCAGCAGUGCGUCAGAGUAUUUUUCUGUUGCCGAAGACAAAAUACAUACUAGAAGAAAAUCGGAGACAUGA